AUCGCACUGGGUCUUCCCUCCUCUCGAUCGAGUUGCCCUUUCCUAAUCUAUGGCCGCAUUCUAGGGGGACUGGGGAUGGCUGCAGUUAUGCUGAGGGGUAUUCGCCUGCAACCCCUGGCUCGCAGCCCAGGAUGGCGGGGAAUCACGCCUGGAGUGCGGGGAUACCGCCCCAAGAAGCAUCCACGGCUCCAGACUCGCCUUCCUGUGACUCCAUCACUUGUCUACUCGACCUCUUCACCGAGGAAGGGCUUUGGAGUAGUAGGUCGAUUUCUGAGGAGGCAGAUUUACCUUGUCCUUCUGCUUGGAGGUGUAUCUACUGGAGCACUGCUGCUAGCGUGAACAGUUAAUUGAAUGUAUGACAAAAAAAUAUCUGUGUAUCGGGCCCAAAAAACUCAGCUUUCAACAUCAGAGUUUAGAUAUUGGACGGUGUAUGUAGGUAUGAGACGAGAGGUGGAGCGUCUGUCUUGGCUUGAUAACUACCUCCCAUCCAGCAUUGGAGGAAAGGUAGCAAAUGGGCUGGACUCUCUCUCUGGGUGGCUGAAAUCAAAACCAACCCCACCCAGUGACUCCUCCUCCUCCUCAUCAUCGUCAGCCAAGACGUCAGGUGUGGCAGCAGGAGGAGUGUCUGAGACAAGGGACAGACUCCUCCACAGUGAGAUACGAGAGCUGACGUCCAAACUGGCUCAGGUGGAGAAGGAGAACCAUGAGUUGAUGCAGCUACUCAGGGCAUCCGGAGAUGAUGCCCGUGCUGCUCUCCUCACUAGACAGAAAUCUCUGAUUGAGAUGUACACUGACAUUCUGAAUCUGCUCACUGACUUUGAUGCCAAGCUGAAUCGAAAGGAUGGCAAGUUUGUCAACACCCUCCCUCAGGUUGUUGUGGUGGGAGACCAGAGUGCUGGUAAGACAAGUGUGCUGGAGAUGGUUGCCAAUGCCAGAAUAUUCCCCAGGGGUGGGGGAGAGAUGAUGACGAGGAGUCCAGUGAUAGUGACACUGAGUGAGGGUCCUGAGCAUGUGGCCGUCUUCAAAGACUCCACCAAGGUCUAUGACCUCUCCAAGGAGGAUGACUUGACGAGACUGAGGAAGGAGAUCGAGGGGAGAAUGAAGAGAACAGUUGAGACCGGCAAGACGAUAUCAACUGAGCCGGUGUCACUGGUGGUGUAUGGUCCACAGCUAAAGAGGAUGGUUCUGGUCGACCUCCCAGGGAUCAUCAGUACGGUGACCACAGGAAUGGCCGUCACCACCAGAGAAGAGAUAAUAAGAUUGUGUAGGCAGUACAUGGCCAACCCAAACGCCAUCAUUAUGUGUAUUCAGGAUGGCUCCGUGGAUGCAGAGAGAAGUAUAGUGACGGACCUGGUGGGACAGAUGGAUCCUCCUGGUCAGAGGACGAUAUUUGUUCUGACUAAAGUGGACAUGGCUGAAAGGAGUGGCAUCAAACAGCAGAGAAUGCUGUCAAUUCUCGACGGUCAACUGUUCCCAAUGAAAGCUCUCGGGUACUAUGCCGUCAUCGCCGGCAAAGGUUCCAGUGCAGACUCCAUCAGGAGUAUCCAGCACUAUGAGCAGAGAGUACUUUGCCAAAUCCAAGCUCUUCCAGAAUGGGAUGUUGCGAGAGGCCCAGCUAUCCACCAGGAACAUGGUGAAUGCAGUGACUGAAGAAUUCUGGAAGAUGGUCACUGCCUCCAUCAAUGACCAGGCACUCCACUUCAAAACUCUGCGCUACAAUCUUGAGGCAGAAUGGAGGAAUAGGUAUCCUGGAGGUAGGACCCUCGACAGGAAUGAUCUAUUUGAGCUAGGGAAGGCAGACAUAUUGAACCAUGUGGCCAGUCUCCAAGUCUUCAAACCGGCCACCUGGGAGGGUGUUCUGAUGGACAGUUUAUGGACGGAGGUGGCUCCUCAUGUGCUGGAGAUAUUCAUAGAGGCAGCACAGGGCCAGUCCCCUGGGGAGUUCAACACCAGUGCUGAUAUUCAACUGCACAAGUGGGCAGACAGUCACCAGCUGGCCGAGCUGUGUGCCAAGGUUGGUCUGGAGACUAUGUUUGCCCAGCUGCACACUAAGCUGGAGGGGGAGGAAGGGGGAGGGGGAGGAGGUGUGGGAGGUGGAGGGUGGGGGGUUGUGGGUGUGGGAGGAGGAGGGGGAAAGUUCCACUCCCUGGGACAGGGUCUGAGAGAGGAGGUGGAGAGACUUAGCAAACAGAACCAUCGCUGGGAGAGCUACAACGUUGAUCAGUUGAAAUACGUCCAGAUGUCAGCACUGGAUGAUAAAGAUGUUCCGUCGGCUGAGCAAUGGAGAGACGCUGUGACCUUCAUGACCUCCGCUCUCAGUCGCCAGAUCAAGGAAGCUGAAGAUGAUCUACAGAAAUUGGCAGGGCCCACCUCAUUUUACGACCGCUGGGUGCUCUGGAAGUCCCAGUCCAGCACUCAAGUGGUGAAACGUGCAGCAGCUGAAGAGUUGAGCAAGUUCCUUGCAGCAGAACCUUCUCAUCCAAGCAAGCUGUUUACAGAUGAACUAAUGACAGUCCAAAGAGUUUUGAAGACCCAAGGUCAUGCUGCAAGUGAGGAGGACAUCCAGGAGUCGUGGCGACACCUCUACCACCUCCACUUCCUCAAGAGAGCAGAAGAAACUGCACACAAGUGCCAGCGAGGAUUUGUCCUCAGACAACACAGCCCCGAGUAUGCUUGUCCAGAAGUGGAGUAUUUCUGGAGAGUUCAGCAAGUCAUGAAGAGCUCGUCACACACACUUAGAGUACAAAUACUAGACAGAGAAGUUCGUCAGCUAGAGCAGCAGAUCAAGAGCAUCCUGGACUCCAUCGCAGUCAGUGAGGAGAGGAAGAAAGGGCUGAUCAGAGGAGAUGCUGUCGACAAGGCUGAGCAGCUCAAACAAGUCCGCAUGAUCCAGGAGAAGUUAGACACCUUUAGAGAAGCUCUGGCCAAGCAACAGAAGGGCCACUCACCAAAAUGAACUAUAAUAGUUAUUCUUUCAUAUUGUCUUCAGAACUCAAUGUAAUGUGGGCUGCAUAAUUAUUAUUAGAGUUAUAAUUAUAUAAUACGAGUAUUACUACUCCCGGCACAAAUGAGAAUGUUGAGAAUGUAUCUGGUAUUAUGUAUACCCCACUGUGCAGUACUUUAUGCGUUCUGGACACCUUUGCGUGUCCGUUCGUGGCUGGUAAAGUGUAAUUAUGUA